AUGUCCAACCGGCGCGCUCACAAUACCCCACCUGCCUUUCUACUUGAUAGCAAUCCGGAAAGUUUUGGUCACGGAACCAUGAUCAAUCAACAUUAUGGGAUUUCUCAACCCAACAGCAUCCCUACGUAUCCUUACCAUACGCGUUCUGCUGCAAUGACGAUGGCAAACCAAAACCCGAUGACCCCUCAGGCCAUACCAUAUCCGUACCACCAAAGCCCUGUCAGCCAGCAGCACAACUCUCCAGUAUCAGCUUUAUAUCCACCAGGACAACUCGAUCUCAAUCUUGAUCAAGAAUUCUCCCUUCCAUCAUCCAACAGCAACUCCAUUCCUGCCAACAACUCGAAUCAAUUUGUGUAUCCUGAUCAGUAUCUUGCAUACUCUGAAUAUCAGCAAUCGUUGGAAACUCAAGAAGAUCAUUUAGGAAACACAUUCAAUAUGUUUCCCACUGAUUGUACAAACUCGAAUAUCAUCUUUGAUUCGGUCUCACCUUUACAUCCUCAAGAACCUUCUGGCUUUUCCAAUCCAGCCUUUUCUUCCAAUUCAGUCUCGCCUUUACGAUCUAGACACAAUUCAAACUUUUCCAAUGAAGUCUUGCCUUUAAAAUCGAGUCAAUAUUCUACCAAUUCUAGUCAACAUUCUGCCAUUCCAAAUCCAAUCUUACCUUCUAGACAACCUUCCAACAGUGGUGCAAUGAUGGAUCUUGGAGUCUCAACUGAAAUAGAGGUGGAUAGUGAUCGAAUUAGUGAUGGAAGUCUCCCAGAUGAGGAUGACCUGUUCAAAGAGGACGAGGAAGACUUCAACAGCAAGGAUGAGUUGGAAAUGGAUCAACUCAGUGACCAAGCUAGUGCUCACCCAAACGAACCUCCGAUCCAUCCAGAAACGGCCAAUUUAAUUCCUAACCCCUGCCGAAAGCUGAUCAUAACAUUCAACAUCUGGGUACUCAAAUUUCCACCGGGUAAGCCACCUGAAGCCAAAGGGAAGAAUACGGGAAAGCAGGGAAAAGGAGGUGGUAGCAAAAUCCCGAAGUCAUUACAGCCUAAAUGGAUCGACAAAAAACCACGAUAUGCAGUCAAGCAAUCAAUGAAUUUGCACGGUCACGACUGGUUGACGUUUCGCAACCAAGUUUUCGAAUAUUGUGAUGAAGCAGAGAAAGGAGUAUUACCUGCUUUAAAAGCUGCAUAUAGAGAUCGGACGCUGACGAUCGAAGGGUGGAUAAAUGGCUCUGCUGAGCACAAAAAAAAUGAUAAGGCUGUGAUUAAGGAUAAGGCUACCUUCAAGGAAUUUGUGGACGCUGCUCUAGCCAUGCCUUCUGAUGUAAAGAUGGGUCUCAGGAUGGUUCAUCCAAAUAACCCUAAGGAUGAUGAGGAUUCUAAUUGCCACUUGUACAAAGUAUUUAACCGGCAUGUGCAGGAGCCUGAACAAGAUUCAGAUCAAUCCGAAGGAAAAGAUGAGCCAGAGGAACGUACUGCUGCAGAUGUUGAUCCAGUCACUCAGAAAUACAACCUCCUAAUGUCAAAAUUUGAAAAUAUAUUCCGAUCCGGUGAAAACGUUGGAGCAGCACCUAAUCCAACAAAUCUUGAGGAAGUUUUGGUCUUGAAUACUGACAGAGUACGCAUGUGGGCCCGCGACUGGGAUCAAGGAGAAGAUGGGGUUGAUGAAAUCAACCCUCCUAUGCAUCGUGCUGGAUGGGAAUACGUUCCAUCUACCAGUGAUCGACCAGAGCCAAAUGGCUCUUUCCAAACCCAUUCUGCUCAGAUUCCCCAAACCAUCAACAAUUACAAUUAUUUUGGAGAUCAGCACUUGCCACACAUCCCACAGGCAAUUCCAGCAACACCAGCAUUUCCACCUACUACGGCUCCACCCCCACGUGAUGAAUCACCUGCACCUAGACCCUAUCCACCUUUUGAACACUUUUUGGACUGGGCCGGGGUAACACCUAACUUCACUAAGGCUCGGGAGGUUUUAAAAGAUCAAGGUAUUGAUGACUUUGGUCGAUUGCUGGACCGUGAUACAUAUAGUUUAUCUAAUCUGAACAGCAUUGGUAUCCCUUUUGCCCAAGCUGCUGAUAUAUUCAAAGCAGUCCUACCAUACAAUCGCAAUCUUAAAAAAAGACCUCUUCAAGGCGGUGCUAUCAUACAAUAG